UUUCUGUAAGUGUGGUAAGUUACUGUCUUUCAGAGCACAGCAUUCAGAUAACACCAGCAUGUUACAACACAGGAGGCGGGGCUUUCCAGAACACAGGUGGGAGGAAACAAAGCCUCAGGUGCCUGUCUGGAGUUCUGUCAGUCUGAUCUUUAACUGAUAAGUUACUGGAAUAUUACACCUGUAGACUCACUCAGAACUCCCCAAAGCCUUUGGCUGGGAAAGCAACCAGCAUGGAUGAGACGACUCUGGUUCUGGAGGGUCUACCUGUUGAUUUUGACAGUGUGGUACAAAACCUAGAAUCAUAUUUCAAAGAUAAGGAGAAAUCUGGAGGACAGGCAGUUCGAAUAGUGGAAAAUCCAGAGGACAAAAGAAAAGCUCUGCUACUCUACAAUGAUGGAGGAGAUGCACAGAAAGUACUCUCUAAUGUCCACAACCUCAAAUUCAAUGACCUGGGAUCAGUGGAGUUAAGAGUGAAAAUGCAGGAGCGUGCAAAUGCUGAAACCUCCACAGUGAAACCUCCUCUACCUCCUCGACGUAAAAAGAUACAGACACAAGAAGCUUCUGUCGAGGGAAAACAGGUGGAGGACGUUGAAAAUGAAAUCCCUAAAGAGGUUAAAGCAAAUGUGAGAUGUCAAAGCCUGAUAAUCAGCAGCAGUGAUACCGUGGAUAAAGACAUACUCACCAUGUAUUUUGAGCAGUUCUCAGAGCAAGUUGAAGUACAAGAACAUAAGGAGAACAUGUGGAUACUGAAUGUUCCAAAUCACUCAGAUUUAUUGAAAAUUCUUGCUGUGAAGGAACAUGACUUUGGUAUUUCUGUGGACCUGUAUGAAGACGAAAGUGUGGUGGAGAAGCUGGACCCCAGACGUUUCAUCUUAACCGGGUUUAAAGACACCUGCAAUUACAAAUACAUUUCACUACUCAUUAACAACUGCAGCAAAAAAACAGAGCAUUCCUGGGAAUUUGUAGAUGAGAGCAGGAUUGUGGUCACCUUCAAUAAAGACAUUGAUGUCAACAGCUUUUUGACCAAAUGCGCUAACAGGAAACUGCAGGGCAACGAUAUUAAAGCCUCCCAGUUGGAGCUCACAGAUUCAGUCCUGGUAGUAGGGGACCUGAGUCAGAUUGGAGAAGACAUUCUCACUGGCCACUUCAGCAGCAUCACAAAGAGUGGAGGAGGAGAUAUACAAUCUGUGUUCUGGAUCAACAAACAGAAGACUGUGAUUAUAACCUUUAAGAACUGCCAUGCUGCAUAUCGAGUACUGGAACAGAAGCAUAAUCUCAGUGGUGUAGAUCUUACUGUUCUUUUGUUUUACUCAAAUUUUAAGAAGGCUCUGACUGGACAAAUUCCUACUUUGUCUGGAAUACAAACCACCAUCACCAUUCCUGUUGAUGUGGAAGUCCUCAAUUUUAUCGUAAACAACCAACAGUGCAGAAAGGACCUUCAGAAUCAACUGAAUUUGGUACGUGCCAGUGUUGUUCUUGAGGAGACCACUUUGCAGAGGAAGCUCGUUGUGGAGAUGGAUGUGGAGAAAGAGUCUUUAGCUGCAUUGUAUAUUGGACCAACUUGGGAGAAGAACGUGAGAAGAGCAGCCCAAGAAUUUCUGAAGAAGUACAGCGCAGUCAAGUUGCCUGUUGAAGUCACGGUGUGGAAAAGUGUAGAAAACACUUGUCUUGCACUUGUCACUGCUGAGGCUGACACCUUUUUCCUGCAGUCUGAGUCUAAGAUAGUAAUUGUUGGCCUGACUGAGUUGGUAAAUGUCCGUUCUGAAAAGAUCAAGAACAUUGUAAAGGGAGCGACUACAAACCAAAUCAAGGAAAGAAACACCUCAACAUGGGAGACCUCAACAAACAGCAUCCCUCUCAAAUCUGUGCGGGAAAUGGAGUUCAUCCAGUCUGUUAUGAACGUUUCAGGGAUUCCAGAAUUCAGACAGCUUGGGAUUAUCUUAGCAUAUUCUUGCGAUGCACAGAGUACACCUUGUCUGAAAGUUACAGCAGCAAAGGAAAAAAUCCAAGAUGCAGUCAGUCUGGUGAAGAAGCAUUUACCAUCCAUUGUCAUGGAAAAACUCACUUACUCGAAACCAGGUGAAUCAAAAGUCCUGAAAAAGAAUGAAGCCAUUCUUCAGGCUAAAGCCAAAGAGUGGAAUUGCAAAUUGUACUUUGAGCAACUGAACAAGACCUGUGGUCCGCCCAAGACUUUCCAAUGCAACAUCAACAACUGCAUCACUUUAACAAUUACUCAGGGGGACUUGCAUCAUUGGACUGCUGAUGCAUUGGUCUGUCCAAUGACUACAAACCUGACUUUUGACAACCCAACAGCCCAAGAGUUCCUGAAAGUUGGAGGUUCUCAGAUUCAAGAGGUCUUUUACAGAGCGCAGAGAGAGAAGCAAGCUUUACUGGCUGGAGAGGUCAUUCCUAGUAAGUCAGGUCAACUUAGUGCCAAGACGCUAAUUUACGCAGUGUUGCCCCAAGGUUGUCAACCUCUGGGUCCUCACUACUUGAAAACGGCCAUAGUUAAAAGUCUCCACAAAGCAGAAGAACAGAGCUGUGAAUCUAUAGCAAUGCCUGUACUAGGUUCUGGAACUUUCCAGUUUCCAGUCAAACAGAGUUGCACAGCAAUCAGAGAAGCAAUAGUACAGUUUAUCGGUGAUCAUCAAAAUGCCCAGAAGAAUGUGAAGAACAUAUUUGUGGUGGAAUCUGACAUAAAGGUGUUUGAGGAAUUCAACAGCCUUGUAGCAGAACAGGGUUUUUACAGUGCUGUUACGCCUAUUAGCCCUGCAGGCACGCCUACUAAAGUCUCCAUGCCAUAUAUGAAGCCUAAGUACAAAUCAGAGACAUCAGUGGACCUUUAUGGACUGCAAGUUUGUCUUAAAAGAGGCGACAUCACCAAAGAGACGGCGGAUGUUAUUGUAAAUUCUAACAACUGGGAUUUAAACCUUUCCUAUGGGGUUUGUGGAGCAAUCUUCAAAGCAGCAGGGAAAUCCAUUGAGAAAGAAUACAUACAGAAUGGUCCUAUACCAGGUGAGGUGACCUUCACGACUGGAGGAAACCUGUCCUGUAAGUUCAUCGCUCACAUCUUCGGGCCCAGUAAUGCAUCAGAUAUCACAGACUCCAUUGGCAAGGUUCUGCAGUUAUGUGAAACUACAAAGGUUGCCACAGUGACCAUCCCUGCGAUCGGCACAGGACGGGGAGGGAUUUCAGCGUAUGAAUCCAUCACUGGCAUCUUCACUGCCCUGGAGAACCAUCUGCUUUACCUGAAUUCAUCUGGGCUUAAAAAGAUCACUGUGGUCGCAUUUGAAGAGAUCAUUUGGGAUGCCUAUCGGGAUUACUUCAGGAAGAAGAACAGACAGUCCUUGGCAGGGGCAAUGCCGAACCUUACAAAUCAAGUAACAAUUAAGGACACCAAAAUCGAGAUUAAAAAAGGCGACAUCACCACUGAAACAACACAAGCUAUUGUGAACCCAACCAACAAAGAUAUAAACUUAAAAGCAGGUGUGUCGGGGGCUAUUUUCAGAGCAGCUGGAUCCACUCUUGAAAAGGAGUGCCGCAAACUCCAACCACUGGAAGAUAAUACGGUGGCUGUGACCAGAGCUGGAAACCUGAAAUGUAAUUUCAUCAUUCACAUGCUGGGGACAAACUCUGCAUCUAAAGUUCAGUCACGGGUCAAGAAAGUCCUAGAACAGUGCGAGCAGAACAAAAUCACCACCAUCUCCUUCCCGGCUAUCGGCACCGGUGCGGGUGGCAUAAAGGGAGUGGAUGCCAUGAAUGCCAUGCUGCAGGCGUUUGAAGGUCAUUUAUCUCUGCAGUCGUCUUCUGCUCUUAAACACAUCUAUGUUGUUGUUGACCGGGAUGAAGUCCUACAAGAUUUCCAGCGAGGUCUCACAGUGUGGGCUGCAGACAUCCAGGAGGAUGGAGAUGAGGAUGAAGAUGAAUAUAUUAAAGCAACCAAUUUUCCUGAAGAAAAAGAGCGGAGAACAUCUGGUUCCUUUCGGCAUGCGGCUGAGCUGUUCUGGGAUCCGGAAACAGGCUUUGAUCUGGACAAGUUGGACCCAGAACUGAAGAGGUUGUUUGGGGAGUGUGGCAUCAGUGAGACACAGCUAAAAGACAAGGGAAUAUCUUCGGUCAUUUAUGAGUUCAUUGUGACAAAGGGAGGUUUGGAGGCCGUCAAGGAAGGACUUGACAAAGAAGUUAAACUAAUGAAAAUGAUGAAAGAUAAAGAAAAGGAGAAAGAUGAGAAGGAAAAAGAGAAGAAGAAGAAGAUGCUGCAGAAGAAGAAAUUAACAAAAGAAGCAAUUGGAUCGCCCGAAAGAUUCAAGCAUGUUGGCCAUGCAAGCUUAGAUCUGGACACCAUGGACCCAGAACUGAAGAACUUCUUUAGUAUGUGUGACAUCAGUGAAGCACAGCUUAAAGACAUGGAAACCGCAAAUGUGAUUCAUGACUUCAUUGAGAAGAAAGGAGGUGUGGAGGCCGUCAUGGAGCAGUUACGGAGAGAAGCAUCCAAGCCUUCACAAUUAAAUGAAAGCAACCAAAGCCCAGCUAGAGAGCCACUGUGCCUUCUAACAGAGAUGGCCAACAUAUCCUUCCCUGCAAUCACUGUAGAAGUGUAUGGAACCUCUCCUGACAGCCUCGCCAAAGUCAAGAAGCUCCUGGAUGAACUUAUAUCAGAGGAAUGUUCCAGCAAAGAUGUCCAGGGGAAAUAUCUGGCCAACCUUAAAGACGCAGAUAAGGAGGCCAUUGUCAGGCUAAGCAAGGAAAACGAGGUGCAUGUACUGGUGGUUUCAUCAGAAAAACUGACCGUGUCAGGGAAGAAAGACAACGUUUUGAAUGCUGUGCUGAACAUCUCCACCAUCAUCCAGGAAGCCAAGGACAGGGACACUCAUGAGUUUGAGAAGAGAAGGUUGAGCCAGACUCUGUGCUGGCAGGUGGCUGAAGGAGAUUCAUGGGUGCCGCUAGACUCUGACAUCAGCUAUAAGCUGGAAUUAGCUUUCCACAAGAAGGAGCAGGUCUUCACUUAUGAGCAAGAAGGGGAGGUUUACACUGUGGACUUCAAAGAGCUGAUACGAAGGAACCAAAAGAGGAUGCCCUGCAGGAUACGGAGAACCCUGAUUGGUGAUUCUGACACAGCUAUUAUUCAGCCUCCACCAACAUGGACUAAAAUGGAGGGAGAAGACCUUCAAGAAGUGGUUCUUCAAAAAGAUUCAGAGGAGUACAAGAAAAUAGAGACAGAAUUUCUGACCUCCAGUAAGCAUGGCAGCUCACCUGCUGUUCAGGUUCUGCAAAUCCGCAGAAUACAGAAUAAUGGACUGUGGCAGAGGUACUGCGUACUGAAAAAGGCAAUGGACAAGAAAUAUCCAAACCAGAAAAACGAGCAGUUUCUCUAUCAUGGCACUACUCAAGAAUUCAGCCAAAAAAUCAAUAAAAACGGCUUUAAUCGGAGCUUCUGUGGGAGAAAUGCUGUCGUUCAUGGCCUUGGCACCUACUUUGCCAAAGAAGCCUGGUACUCCUGCCAGGACAAAUACUCCAACCCAGAUCUACUUGGAAUGAAGCACAUCUACAGAGCCAGGGUCGUGACGGGGUCACCUUGCAAAAGUCGAGAAGGAAUGAAGGAGCCGGACCCUCUGGACCCAAACGACCCCCAGGCUGGUCUUCACAACUGUGCUGUGGAUAAUCUGCAGAAACCACUUAUCUUUGUGGUGUUCUGUGAUGCAGGAGCUUACCCAGAUUAUCUCAUCACUUUUAGAAAUGCAGAAAUUAACUUUAAAACUUGAGUUUUAAAUAGUUAACUGUACAAUCAAGUCCUGAAGAGGAAUCCUGACAAUUAAAUGAUUAAGACAUACAGUAUACAAGUGUUGUCAAUAUUAUCACACUAACACAUCUUCAAUCAUGCAAUUUGAUUGUCAGUUUUAUUGUAAAGAGAUUUGGAUGCUUUCUUCUGUUUUGUUGCACUUAAAAGCAUAAAAAAUAGAGUUUUUUUCUGCUGUAGUUAAUUAAAUGUUGACUGAUCGAGUAGUCGACGACUUUUAAAAUGUAAUUUAUGCUAAAUAUUAUGGAUUAAAUCGUAUAACUACCUUUCUCUUGAGCUGGGUCCCAGUUGUAUGCUGCAUACCUUCCAUUGUUUUUUGUGAUCAUUUUGAAUUAGGCUUUUUUGUGUUUAUAUGUAAUUUAUAACUAAAUUAAUAAAUUAGUUUGAAACACAAAAUACCUGCAU